CGGUUGCCUUGGGCGCUAUCCACCAAUGCGCACUAGCCGCUAAAAUCAACUAGUCGUAUACUCUGCCGCGAAUUUCAGAGCCGCCGUCCGUUUUCCUCGCCACCCAAACAAAACUGCCAAGCAAGCACAGCAAAGCAAAGCAAAGCAACAGCGGCUGACCCCACCCCCUCCCCCUGCCGUACCUUUGCUGCGUUGCUGCUGACCUGAUCCCUGACUGGUUGCUGACUGGCCUUGGAGACGUCGUUACACUUGACACUUCUGCCAGCCAGUUAGGCGUAUCUAUCUAUCAGUGCCCCCACUCUCCCGCCCUCUCUGCAGUCGGUGGGUCACGGCUGCGCGUCCCUUCCGUUUUGGCAAACUUGCUCCAUCAUCAAGCCACUCGGGGGAGUGAUACCCUCCACCAACUUCACAGCAGCGCUGCGUUUUGGCAUCGUUCGUUGCCCGAGAGCGUGCGCGACAGCUUUGUACCUGGCCUCUUCCUAACUGGCCCACUCGGCCACUGAACCAAGGGCCCAGAACACACACACACACACACACACACACACACACACACGCACACACACACACACACACACACACACACGCACACACGCGCAUCACCAGCACACACACACACGCAUCACCAGCAACGACAACAACGACAACAACGACAACACACGCACACAUCACUGGCAACAACAAGGACACCAACAGCCAGUCCAGCUGCUCAGCUCAAGCAACAGCAGCAUGGAGAUCAACCCGCUCUACUUGGCCAUCAAGGCCUUUGUAUUCCUUGUGUGGCCACUGGUUGUGAUGAUGGUGCCAGCGCUGGUGGAGGAUCUGUCACACGGCGGCAACGCUGCGCUGAUUUUCUUCGCCCUGGUACCGCACUGGGUGCUUGCCGUCAUCUGGACAGGCAGCGCCAUCACAGACUGGUACGACAUUGACAGCGACAUCUUGUCGACGCAGGAGAUUGUGGUGGCUGCCCCCGUGUUUGGCGUGGUGCUCCCGGCGUUCAUCCUGGUGCCAAUACUGCGAGAGGUGGCGCUCUCCGAGCCAGAGUACAACGUGCUGCUGGGGACCACCAUCCUGCUGCCCGGCCUGUGGCUGCCGCUCAUCGCCGCCAUCUUCCAGACACCGAAAGUGCUCGAGUCUGAGGAGGCGUCGGCAAUGGGCAUGAAGAACGCCUACCGCGCCAGCUUCGAUAGCGUCGCCGUCAUCACCAACGAGAUGCGCAAGGGCUACUUUGGCUACCUGCUCGCCGUGGGCAUCCCGCUGGGCGUGUUCCUCCCCGUGUACAUCCACCACGGUGAUGAGAUGACGGGCGAGGGCCAGGCUGCGUUUAUGUUCUUCAUGCUGCUUGCGGGCUGCAUGUCGCUGCUGUACAACGUCGCCUAUCGCCUCGGCGUCGUCUUCCAUGGCACAGACCCGGGAUGCUCGCGCGCAUCCAGCAUCGCCAUUGUCAAGUUUGCGCUGUGCGCGCUGCUGGUGCCGCUGGUUGUGAUGUUGCCCGUGCUGCGGUCGGCGACCGUCUCCCAGGCGGCGCACGACGUGCUGCUGUCGUUCAACCUGGGCCUGCCCGCCCUCACCAUCCUCGACAUCAUCCGCCUCAAGUUCUACGAGAAGGACCGCCGCAUGUUCUACCAGCUCACCGCCGUCGCCGUGCUGGUGCUCAUCAUCCCCUUUUGCGUGCUGCUGCCCGCGCUGGUGGCUGCAGACAGCAUCUCCGAAGACGGCGAGACAGCCAUGCUUGUCCUCAUCCUCUCCCCGCUGUGCAUCCUGCUGGGCGCUGGCGUCGUGCUCACCGCCACCCACUUCCACAACCUGCCCUUCCACGUGCUGACGGUGCUGCUGUACCCGCCGCGCUGGGGGGAGGCCAUCUACGCGGCGGUGCUCCUGCUCAUCCCCGUCGCCGUCAUGCUCCCCAUCUACUUCCACGGCGGGCUGGCAUACACCCCGAGCCUCGUCUUCAUCGCGUACAUGGGCGCCAUCAUCUUCCUCCUCGCCACAGCCAUGCUCGUUAGCUGCUGCGUGCGUGCGCCGGGCGAGAUUGUGCGCCCGCACCUUCCCACCACCAGCCGUCUGCCCAAACCCCGCAGCGCGCGCACAGCGAGCACGGCGAGCACGGGCAGCACCAGCAGCAGCAAGCGGUCGCGCGCAGGCACGUCUUCGUCGCAGCGGUCGGCGCUCAAGGACAUGAUCUCCGGGCCGUCAAACUUUGAGCACAAGGCGGGCUUCAACAGCACCAUCACCCCUGGCAUCAACGGCGUGCACAGCGCUGACGACGUGGCCUCGGUGGCCACGGUAACAACAGCCGCCACAGAGGCAACAGCCGCAGCGAAGACGCCCGAGCAAGGCGAGCAGCAGCAGCAGCAGCAGCAGCAGCAGCAAAACGGCGCGGUGUUCCAGUACACGGGCCCUGCGAGUGCCGCGUUUGACGUGAAUGCGUUGGAGACGCGCAGCCGUGCCAACACGUACCAGCUGUCACGGACCAGCACGAUGGACAGCGUGCUGCUUGACGAUCGCCAAGCGCGGGCGCUGGCGGCGCGGGAGGCCAUGCGCCCCUCUGUUGAGAUGCCCGGCAUGCGCGCACCAGGCACAUUCCAGCCCAACGCGUGGUCGCAGCGGCCGAGUGGACAGGCGGAGGUGACGCAGGCCACGCUGCCACACGUGCCACAGCGGCCCACCUCACAAGAGAGCAGUGGCAGCGGCAGCGGCGGCGGCGGCGACGGUGCAGCCCAGCUGCGCAUGAGUGCGAGCGACUAUCGCAAGAGCGUCAUGGAGCGGCCGGACUCGACGUAUGAAGAGUCGCAGUUUGACAGCCGUGAGCUGCCUGAAGCGCGGCAGGAUUUGGUGGUUGAGGGCUGGGAGCCAACAGUGAUUUGGACGUACGACGAGACCAACGACCAGCUCCACAAGCAAGAAGGCGACUACCACGUGCAUGUGUAUGACACAGAGGACAUGCGGCAGGGUGACUACUUCAACUGCUACACGGCGUACCUUGAAGGCCUGGAGGAGGCGCACAUCCUGAAAUGGCCCCUGUACAACACAAUGCAGACGCAGACGGCGUGUCUGAUUGCAUUGCGCAAGCUCGCCCGCGCCCGCAGUGUCGCUGCGGCGUUCAACGCUGCCGUGGCAAACUUCACAUCACCGCCGCCGCAGCGGGUGGCGUUUGUGCAGACAAAGGCGCUGCAGCUGCCGGCGCGCACGGCCGCCAACGAGGGCGUGGACGAGAGCCCCUGGGCGCUGUGCGAGGUCGAUUUGGAGGACACGCCGGCACACCGCGACAACACGGCGGGGCUGCUGGACUACUUUUGCCUGUGGAACGACGCGUUUGGCGGGGUGGUGAGCGAGGAGGACAUGGACCCCGGGGACGCCGACGACGACCGGUCGUGGGUGGCGCGCUUUCACGAGCUCAACACCACUGCGCAGAGCCUGAGCUGCUUCAGCUACUUCUACAGCAAGCGGGCGUCGCUGCUGAUCAAGGUGCAGGGCGUGGGCACGACAUACACCAACCCCGACUUCCACUUCUCUGGCGGCUCCGAUCCGUAUUUCUCGCCCAACAAUCAGGGCGAUGAAGGCAUUGCCAACUUCUUUGCCUCGCACAAGCACACAGACAUGUGCAAGCAUGCGUUGCAAACGCUGCCGGGGUUUUCCGAGGACUGGCUUGGCAGUGGCUGAGAGAACAACUACGGUGCCUUGUGCUGUGUUGUUGUUGUGCUGUGUAUGCGUGUUGUUGUGUUGCGCUGUGUGCGUGUGUGUGUCACGUACUUGUGCCGCCUGUUGUGUGCUUGUGCUGUCCUUUGCGUUUUGCCCUGUCUCAAUGCCUGCUUUGCUUCAAGCAUAGUUGUACUCUUUCCUCUUUGUAUCUGGCUUUGAUGCUUUCUUGUAGCACGAGAUUAGCUGAGAAUGGUGUGGGUGUGAUAUUGUGUGGUGGUGCUCUGUUUGUUACUUGAUGGGUUGACAUGUGAUUUUUUUAAUACCAACGAACGCGUGCAGUAGACUUGUGGCGCAUGGUGCGUGGUGCGUGCGUGGUGCGUGGUGCGUGUUCAUUACAUGCUCUGGACUGGAAUCUGGCCUUGCUUGCUUGCCUUGUGUCCCUUCCAUUCCUCUUUGCUUGCUUGCAUGCAGUCGUGCACUGGUUGAUGAGAUGUAAAAUGUGUGACCGAAAAUGAAAUUACGGCUGUUGGGCCCAAAGCAAGC